CACCGCCGUUGGUGACUGUUGUUGUUGUUGUUUUAGGUUAGGUAACGUUUUUAUUUACAGGAGCUGUGGUGCUUCAUAUUCCCCAGUCAGCUAGCCAGCUAGCGGCGCAGCAGUGAUGGAGUGGCUGGGCAACGGAGCCCCCAUUUACCCUGUCGAGGAGCCUGGCAGUGACCCAGCUUCACCGGGCAGGGGCUGCAGUGGCGUUCACCCUCACCAGCAGACACCAUCAUCUCACCUUUGUGAUAGUGCCAUGGCAUCACUAUGCCAGAGCCAGCAGCGUCGUGUUAAGGCCUCUAUCGUGUCCAGCUGGACACUGGCAGAGGCCCAGGACCAGCUAUGUUCUCUAGGCGUCCACAGCUCUGAGUCCCUGGAGCAGGAACGCGCUCGGACUCUGGCCUGCCCCACAGAACUCACACAUACUGUGGAGGAGUGGCGCCGCAAGGAGAGCAUGCUGGGGGGUCAGGAACCCAGCCGCAGUCCUGUGCUCGGAGCUGUCAGAAGCUGGGAUGUUUUUGAUAAGAGUAUUAUUAAUGUCCAAAGUCAACCUGUAGAAAUGGAUCAGGACAAGUGCAAGACAUUUCUCCAAAAGUAUGAGCAAGAGAUCAGGCAUUUUGGUAUGUUGCGGAGAUGGGAUGACAGUCAGCGAUUCCUUGCAAACAUGCCUCAGCUCAUAAGUGAGGAAACAGCCAACUUCUUAAUUCUGUGGUGCAUCAGACUACAGCAAGAAAGGAAAGAAGCACUAAUGGAGCAGGUGGCGCACCAAGCCGUUGUCAUGCAGUUCAUCCUGGAGAUGGCCUCAAAUUCUCAGCAGGAUCCAAGAGGCUGCUUCAGACAGUUCUUCCACAAAGCCAAAGAAGGACAAGACGUCUACUUAGAAGUCUUCCAUGCAGAGCUCGAGGCCUUCAAAUACAGACUGAAAGAUUACGCUGUCAAGUGUAAAGGUGAUACACCCAACAACACUGAACAGCAGAGUACAGGCACACACUGCAGACUCGACCCCAAAGAAGCCCAGGACUCUUUACAUCCACAGGUGGCAGAGUACCCAAUGAAGCGCUGUUUGGAGGCGGGACUGUGGACAAACACAGGGAGGUGGACAAAGGAGGAAGCUACAGAAACAGAGGAUAUACGCAUGAUGGAGACCUCCUAGGGAAUGUGGGGUCGGCCACUGCUUUUCUUCCAUCUCCGCCGUCUCCCCGUUUAGGAACAAGCUGAGUUUGAAGCCCUCUUUAGACGCAGCAAACCAGGCUGAAAAACGCUGGUGCAGAGCAGGAAUAAAGGGAAGCAUGAUCAGUCUUGAUUGAUGUUCUCUAGUCAGUUUUCGGAGGAGAACCUGCAGGAAAUAAUGUUUUACAGUCAGUGUUGCUGUUAUUAUGUCACUGUGGUCGGCCUCCUGCAGUGUCUUUUACCAGCUAAAUGCAUGAGUUGUGUCAUAACCCUGGUCUUGCAGACGGAGUCCUUAUAUCCUUCAAUCUAGUUCCUUUUUUUCACCUGAAAAAAAGAAACCUCCGGACUUGAAAGCAAAACAAACUGACAAAUUGAUAAUUAAAUCCAGACAACACCAAGAAUACUAAACUGAUAAAGUCUCCGGACAAAAGUUAGCUUGGUACUAAAUCCAAUCCCUGAAGUAGGACUUAGGUCAGUGGACAUCUGAGGAGUAGUGUCAUAGGUGCUUAAAAUGAAUCAUGUCAAGUAUGAGAGAAGCAUGACUGACUUUUGGUUAAUGCUUAACAUUUAUAUGUACAGUACGGCAAACUGAUAGUUCACUACUCUGUGCUUGAUGCUGUGUGUCUAUUAAAAGUACAAUUUAAAACUGCACAGGUGUAGAAAACAAACAAAUAAUAAACCAAUAAUGUGUCUACAGGUCCAAGUAAAUAUAAAAAAAGGUGGUUGCUCAACAGGUGUGACCUGUUGAAUAAUUGGAUUUCAAUCAUGAGGGGAAAUAAAAUUGCAUAUGAUCAGGCCCUGCUAAGCAUGUU